AUGUCUUCUUCCACGACAUGUGCCAUCACCCCAUCCAAUAAUGAUAAUAAUAAUAAUAAUAAUAAUAAUAAUAAUAAUAAUAAAGCCAAACUCAACAACAACAAGAAUACUCCUAUUAUUACUACUCCUACUCCUACUUCUAUUAUUACGAAUGCUAAUAAAAACAAUACGAACAAUACAAAGAAUACCGUGCAGGAUACUUCCUAUCCAAAUGAACGCCGGGCUGCACGGCAUUUACAAAUCGCCUUUCCAAAGGCCGAUCAAGACAUGAUUGACGAACUCGCAUUUCUCGUCUCCGCACGGCGGCACACCAUUGACGACGCGGUGAAUAUUUUGCAGAAACUGGAAUCCGCCAAUAGCGCCGCACCUAUUCAACAACCCCAUGCAAAUAAAAACACCAACACUAACACUAAUAAUAAUAAUAAUAAUAAUAAUAAUAAUAAUAGUAAUAAUAAUAAGAGUAAUAAUACUGCAGCUCAGGCAGCGGCAGCGGCAGCGCAGGCAAAGAAACCCGUGAAUACACAAACUCCACCAGCAAAAACAACAGCCCCCACUACUACUACUACUACUACUACGACGACGACGACGACGACUGCAAAUAACAAAAAUACAAACACUAAUACUAAUACUAAUAAUACCAAAAACACCAAAACACCAGCAAGACGUCUUAGUGGAUCACAAAACAGUUCAUUCGCAACGGCGGCAGUACCACCAUCAUCAUCUCAACAACAACAACAGCGUAAAGUUGGUACACCGGCCAGUGGGGCCAAACCAUUGUUGUUCACAACGACGAUGACGGGUGAUCGUCGAGUGCGGGAUCACUGCCGGCAAAUUGAGACUUUAUUGUAUUUAAAGCGCGUUGCGUAUGAGGCCGUAAAUGUUGCCGAUGAUCCAUUCUUGCAGCGGCGGCUGCGGGAUAUGUAUAUAGCCUCCGAAGGCACAGCCAGCAAAGCCGUUCCCCCCACACCGGCAUUAUUUAUGAAUGGACAUUAUGUUGGGAAUUACGAGAAACUGCAGGAGUUGGAGGAUGAUGGAUUGUUGAUGGAUACACUGCGACGAUGGGGUUACUCUGAUGGGGCGAGUGCAGAGAAGGAGAGCGGGAAGAGUGCGAAUGGGAAUGUGAAGAGUAAUUAG